UAGAAAUUUAAUCCAUGGAGAUGGCUGGAAAAGAGCUUGGAAUCUCACAACUACUGCUGCUUCUUUGGGGGGGGGGGGGGGGGGGGGUGGUGGGGUGUGUCAAGGAGGCUUUAUCCGGGAAAAGGAGUUGGGAAUAGUUACAAUUGCGAUAUUCCUUCACUACUUCGUCGCUAGAUACAGCUACUACACUUCCAGGCCCAGCACUUCCCAAAGCGACAACUUUACAAAGGGGUACAUGCGAGAGAGCCACAUCUCGCAAGGCAUCAUAGGUAUUGGUAAUUUUGGCUGGAGUUUCUUUCUUCUUGGCCUCCUGCUCUUACCGUCCUCUUUAUUCGACUUAAAGACAAAGGGUUUUUGGUGGAACAUUGAAAAAGAACAACAAAGAUCUAAGAUAGAGAGAGCUUUAUCUUCUCAAAUUUGGAUCUCAUUCCUCACACUUGACGGCUUCUUCAAAAAGGCAAAAAAAAGAACUCAAUACGGAAAGGGGAUAAAAAAGAGAGCACUGAAAAUGGUUUGUACAGAAACUAUACUGGGGAAAAUUGUAGAGAAAAUCGUCGAGACAGUGUUCCAAUCAGUGGGACGUCAUGUCGGUUUUCUUUUACAUUACAAGCAGAACAUGAAGAAUCUGGAAGAUGAGGUGAAUAUUAACCUUCAAGAGCAGAGAACCAACGUUGAAGGAAAAAUUAAUGAAGCCAACCGCCGCGGUGAGGUCAUUGACAAUGACGUUUCGGUCUGGCUAAAGAAUGCUGACGAGACCAGACAAGGAGUUGACAAGUUUAUGGAUGACAAAGCUGUAAAGGAAAACAUGUUGUGCUUUAAUUUCUCGUUUCCCAACUUCAUCUCGCGUUACAGCCUGAGCAAGGAAGCCGAGAAGGAGGUGGUUUGCGUAAAACAUCUCACUGAGAAAGGAGGCAAUAUUGGCACAGUUUCACACCCUAGGGAAGAUCCUCCGGAAGUUGUAUUCCGAUCCAGCGGCAAUUAUGAGUGUUUCCAUUCAAGAGAUAAAGUUUUCAAAGACAUCGUGAAAGCAUUAAAAGACCCCGAGGUGAACAUGAUUGGGGUCUAUGGAACUGGAGGUGUUGGUAAGACGACUAUGGUCACAAAGGUCGGCGAACUAGUGAAAAAAGAUGGAACUUUUGACGAAGUCGUAAUUGCAGUUGUCUCUCAGGAUGCCAAUGUGAUAAAAAUUCAAGAGCAACUCGCCGAGCGUUUGAAUCUAACACUCAGUGAAAAAACUGAAGUCGGAAGAGCGUCUCGACUAUGGAAUAGAUUGGACAAUGAGAAGAAAAAUCUCAUAAUAUUGGAUGAUGUUUGGCAAGAGCUGGACUUAAAGGAAAUAGGUAUUCCUAUCACGGAUGGAAACAAAAGUUGCAAAAUUGUGCUAACGUCUCGAAAGCGAGACGUGUACAUGAACAUGGACGUCAAAGACUUUAGAAUCGAAAUUUUAUCUGAAGGAGAAUCAUGGGCCCUCUUUAAGAAGAAGGUGGGAAAUUAUGUCAACGCUCAUCAUGAACUCCACGAAAUAGCAUGGGCGGUUUGUAAAGAGUGUCAAGGCUUGCCGGUUGCUAUAAAUGCAAUUGGAGCAGCAUUGAAGAAUAAGGAUAUGAAUGCCUGGGAAGAUGCGCUUGAUAAGCUAAAAAAUUCCAUGCUAAAGGACAUUGAGGGAAUCGACCGAAGCGUGUACGCAUCCUUAAAAUGGAGCUAUGAUCGGUUAGAUUCCGAGGAUGCCAAAUCAUGCUUCUUACUUUGUUGUUUAUUUCCGGAAGAUGCUGAGAUUCAAAUUGUUGACUUGGUGAGAUACUACAUGGCGGGGACGACUUUCCAUGGUGAUCAAAAGCCUGAUUCAUUGGAAAGAGCAUUAUAUCGAGUACGUACAGUGGUUGGUACUCUCAUAAGUUGCUGUUUGCUAUUAGACAAAAAUUAUGACGAAGAUGUCGUGAAAAUGCAUGAUGUUGUGCGAGAUGUUGCUAUUUCAAUAGCAAAAUCUGAGAAAUCUUUUCUUGUCAAACACGGUGUCAAAGAUUGGCCAGAGAAAGCUACCUACGAGCAUUGUUCAGUGAUCUCCUUAAGGUCCCAUGAUAUGCGUGAGUUUCCCCAAGAGUUGGUUUGUCCGGAACUCCACACCUUACGGCUGGACAGUACCAUCCACGAAUUCCAGCAUCAAGUUCCAGACAGGUUUUUUAGUGGGACGAAGAACCUUAUAGUUGUAGAUUUGAACAGGGUAACUAUGUCGCCCAGUCUCCCAGCUUCACUUGCAAAAUUGGCAAAACUUCAGAUGCUAUGCCUAAAUGAAUGCAAGUUGGGAGACAUAACUAUACUCAAGGAUCUAAAGGAUCAUCUUGAAAUACUUAGCCUCCGGUGUUCUGAUAUAGAGGUGUUGCCACCAGAGGUAGGAGAGUUAACUCGUCUUCGGGUGUUGGAUAUGAAUGGUUGUGAAAAGCUUAAAGUGAUUCCCAAAGGCGUCAUAUCCAAAUUAUUUCGCCUUGAAGAAUUGUGCAUGCCAUCGUGGUUUAGCCAUUGGGAGGGAACAAGAGCCGGGACUGGAAGCUGUGUGAGUCUUGAUGAGCUAAUGUCCUUGACUCGAUUAACUAAUUUAUAUGUUUGUAUACGAGACCCGGCGCUUUUGCCAAAGGACUUCACCUUCGAGAACCUGGUCAGAUUUAAUAUAUUAGUUGGUGGAAUAGGUAAUUUUUACUCUGAGGAUUCAACUGGGGUCUUGAAGCUUGAGAACAUUCAUCUAGCGAACGCCUUGGAAGGUCUUCUUGGAAAACCAAAAUGGUGUAGGCAAAGAAAUGGUUUGUAUCCAUCGAAAUCCUUUAAUCGCUUGACUCACUUAAGCGUUACAGAUUGCAGGUUGAAAUAUCUCUUCUCCCCGUCACUUGCGAGAGGACUAGUUGGGCUCAAAAAAUUAGAGAUACAGAGAUGCAUGGACAUGGAAGGAGUGAUUGGAAAUGAAGGAGAAGAAGAUGAAGAUAUCAUUCCAAUAAGUUUCAGUCGGUUGAAUGAAUUGACAUUGGCAAGUCUACCAAACCUCAAAAGCUUCUAUCCCAAAAAGGAGAAGAAGGCAACAAGCAGUGAGAGUUGUUCUGCUCAUGAUGCACAAACGGUACUCUUUACUGAUAAGGUUGCUUUCCCUGCCAUGGAAAAGUUGGCAAUUGUUUCCGUGCCUGAGAUUACAGAGAUAUGGGAUAAACAAAUUUUCCCGAUACCUGAAAAAGAAACAGAGUCAUCCUUCUGUCAUUUGAAUAACGUGAGCAUCGUCGAUUGCGGCAAACUAAUGAAUGUGGUAGGAGGUUGUCCAAAGAUAGAAGCAACAGUGACGGAGAAACAAAAAGGAAAAGAAGUUGAUGAUUAUGUCACCCGUUUCCCUAAGCUAAAGAAUUUGAUGCUUCGGAAUUUGCUGAGUCUCAAAAGUUUUUGCAGGCGCUCUGUACAAUGGGAAGCACAACCAUUGUUUGACCACCAGGUCGCUUUCCCUGUCUUAGAGAAAUUGAACAUUCAAUCUGUGCCUAAGAUUACAGAGAUAUGGUACAAACAAAAUUUCCUGAUACCUGAAAAAGAAACAGAGUCAUCCUUCACUCAAUUGCGGACCAUGAAGAUCCAACGUUGCGACAAGCUGAUGAAUGUGGUCGGAGGUUGUCCAAAGAUGGAAGCAAUAGUAACGGAGAAGCAAAAAGGAUUAGAAGUUGAUGAUUAUGUCACUCGUUUCCCUAAGCUAGAGUUUUUGAAGCUUGAGUAUUUACUGAAUCUCGAAAGUUUUUGCAGCCGCUCUAUACGAUGCGAAGCACAACCCUUGUUCAACGACCAGGUCGCUGUCCCUGUCAUAGAGAAAUUGUACAUUGAAUCCGUGCCUAAGGUUACAGAGAUAUGGUACAGACAAAAUUUCCCGAUAGCUGAAAAAGAAACAGAGUCAUCCUUCAAUCAAUUGCGAUCCAUGGUUAUCCAACGUUGCGACAAGCUGAUGAACGUGGUAGGAGGUUGUCCAAAGAUGGAACCAAUAGUAACGGAGAAGCAAAGAGGAUUAGAAGUUGAUGAUUAUGUCACUCGUUUCCCUAAGCUAGUUUCUUUGAAGCUUAAGGAUUUAUUGAAUCUCGAAAGUUUUUGCAGCCGCUCUAUAAGAUGCGAAGCACAAUCCUUGUUCGACUACCAGGUCGCUUUCCCUGUCUUAGAAACUUUGAACAUUGAAUCCGUGCCUAAGGUAACAGAGAUAUGGUACAAACAAAAUUUUCUGAUACCUGAAAAAGAAACAGAGUCAUCCUUCAAUCAAUUGCGGUCCAUGGAGAUCCAACAUUGCGACAAGCUGAUGAACGUGGUAGGAGGUUGUCCAAAGAUGGAAUCAAUAGUAACGGAGAAGCAAAAAGGAUUAGAAGUUGAUGAUUAUGUCAUUCGUUUCCCUAAGCUAGAGCUUUUGACGCUUAUGGAUUUACUGAAUCUCAAGAGUUUUUGCAGCCGCUCUAUACGAUGCGAAGCACAACCCUUGCUCGACCACCAGGUCGCUCUCCCAGCCUUGGAACGGUUGACAAUUGUUUCCUUGUCUGAGAUUACAGAGAUAUGGGAUAAACAAGUUUUCCCGAUACCUGAAAAAGAAACGGAAUCGUCCUUCUGUCAUUUGAAGUACAUGCAAAUCACAGGUUGUGGCAAACUGAUGAAUGUCGUAGGGGGUUGUCCAAAGAUAGAAGCAACAGUGACGGAGAAACAAAAAGGAAAAGAAGUUGAUCAUUAUGUCACUCGUUUUCCUAACCUAACGACUUUGGGGCUUCGGAAUUUGCCGAGUCUCGAAAGUUUUUGUAGCCGCUCUAUACAAUGCGAAGCACAACCAUUGUUCGACCACCAGGUUGCAUUCCCAAAGUUGGAGGACCUUCGUCUCAGCGCACUAGGAGGGAGCGUUCUUCGGCAACUUCUGGGCGCUUGCGAACCAAGCAUAAAAAUCCUGGAUUUUUUCAAAUGUGACGAAAUAUCAGCAGUUGUUUCGGCUCAUUCGUUCGGAAGAUUACGGAAUGUGGACCUGUUGGUUGUGAAAAGUUGUAUUGGGGUGAGGGAGGUUUUCCACUUUGAUGGGCUAGAGGUUGGCGAAGGUCAAGAAUGCGUUGGGUCAUUAACCCAAGUAAGAGUGAUAGAAUUGAAUACUCUGCCUCAGUUGACAUGUUUGUGGAACAAGGAUCCCCACGGUCUUCUGGGUCUUCAAAACCUAGAAUACCUAACCAUUCAGGAUUGUCCCCUGUUGCGAAAUCUUUUGACAGCUUCCGUCGCCAAGGCCCUUGGUGGGCUUAAAGUACUCUAUCUGAGGUCUUGUUCCGCGAUGGAAGAAGUCGUUUUUGCAACAGAUGAAGGGCACGAGGAAGUGAUUGAUGAUGAAGAGAUUGUAUUCCCCAAGUUGGAGUGGUUGAUAUUGAAAGACCUAUCAAAUCUCAAAAGCUUCUGCAGCGCAAAUUACAAUUUCAACUUGUCAUCCUUAAAGAGAGUGGUUGUAAAGAGGUGUCCCAACAUGCAGACCUUCACUUCUGGAUCAGUACAUAUGCCGCCGACACUUUUUACUACUCGAGGAGAUCAUGGCCCCGUGAUAGAAGAUCUCAAUAAGCAUUUAGAGCAGCAGCAUUUGAAAGGAGAUCAGGAAACUAUAGAGGAGCUUGAAAUGUAUGGCACGGAAGAAAUGUUCUCCGAACUGCAAUUUUAUUGGCGGCUACCUCAGUAAAGUAUGUUAGAUCCUCCUUCAUUAUAACUUUGUUUUCCAUAUUGACAUGAUUAAAAGUAAUGUGUUAAGUCACGACUGAACAAAUAAUAAGUACAUCUAAGUGAUCAGUACGUAGUAUUUUGUUAUUAUUAUUGUUUGA